AUGCGAUGCGCGAGCAAAGCCGCCGAGAGCGCGUCCGCACGUCUCUGUGCGGACGCCGAAGCAGAAACCACAGCAACUGAUGUCUCAUCGGUUGCUGAAGCGACUCAGCCUGUGUCACUUGGUGAUACAGGCGCUGGUCAUGAAGACACUCAUGUCUUCACAGAGUAUGAGCUCGGUGUCUCAUACUCUCCUGAUACGGAAGACGGAUCCGUAUCGACGGCGAUCGAAUCAAAGCCGCCUGCCAAGCGUGGCAUGGAUGAUGCUAUGCGUCGUAGCAUCUUUGACUUGGGCGCUAACAGUGGUGUCGGUUCUCCGAUUAACACCACUUCGCAACAAAGUGCCAGUACUUCUGUCGGCACGUUGCAAGAAGAGCGGGACCGCAAUGUGUUGCGUCUCGCUCCUGAAAAGAAGGCAUGGAUGCCUCCAAAGUCAGUCAUGGAUCACUUGUCGGCGACGACGAGUGAUCAUUAUCGAACACGGUUGUUCGAUUCGUCAAGGAUCCAUCACCUUGACCCCAGCGCGAAAGACUAUCGCGCUGAACAUGAAUUCUUCAUCGAUGCUUUCUUCAAACAUCGAUGGUACAGUGGGAAUCACAAACGUGAUGGUCCCUCACUGCUUCAAGCGUGGAACGCCUACAUCCAUAACCUCGAGGAUGUAGGUCGUGACGCUUGGAACGACAAACUUAUCAAAGCUCGUGAUAAGUUUGAAAAGCGAACCCCAACAGGUGCACGCUAUAAGCUGCAUCGUCUGUCAAGGGAGAAAGGAUUACCCUGCCUCUCUUGGGGGGACUCGUGCCCAUGUUGUGUGAACAACUCUGCACGAGCACCUAAGGAGGCUUACCUCCUUACUAGCCCGUGGUGGCGCGUACGUGUCUCUACUGAGAUGUACGAAGGGAUUGACAACCUGAAAUCCCUUUACGACCGUGCCGGGAAGACUUUCUCCGGCGGUCCUUCUGCGGCACAGGAUGUGUCGCGUCGUACUGCUCGACCAGACCCAGUACGUCAACCAUCAAUUGGGAGCGGGGCUCCCAAGAAUCCCAGGACGGGGGAUAGCCGCGCCACCGGACGAGGUAACUCGUCCGACGUCCGUUCACGUCGCGGUGGUUCAACAGCUGCUCAACUAGAUAGCGCUGGCCACCGCGAGAGUCCUCUAAUGGAGGUGGAGGAGGAGGAAAGACGCUCUCCACACGAUCAUGUGGAUCGGUGUGUUCCCGAGAGCUUCUUUGAUCGCGUAACGCAAGGGUUACGCGACGAUCUCGAGCAUGAGCGGAAUAGGCGUCUCCAGAUGGUGGACACUGCCUCGAAGCAUCGAGCUGAGUUUGCCUUUGCUCAGCUUGAGAACGAGAGAUCUCUGACAUCUCUUCGUGACGAGCUAAGGGUAGCUCGUGGGAUUGUUGAUCGGUCUCGGGCUGAGAUAACUGCUCUUCAGACCCUUGUUGAUGCCCACCAUCGGGAGCACAAGGCUCUCUGCGAGAUGCUUGAGCGCAAGGGCGUUCUUCAUCGGAAGAAGCAGCGUACUGAUGGUACGGCUUAA